UUCAUAGUGGCAACAUUGCUGUACACAGUGACUUUUGUUUUUGCAAGUUGUAGAAGUUGAAUGAGACGAGAAAUUUAUUGUGAUUCGAGUUGUGUUGAUUAUAUUUUGUCUUUAUUACUAUAGUAUUACUAAUUACUACAAGUCAUAAUCAAAGAUGGAGCUCUCAGCUGAAGGUAAAACCCCUGAAUAUAUGGCUUUGGCCGGAAUCAAGUUCAAGCUUAGUUUGCCUCACUUGAAAGAUGAUCAACAGCUAAAAGAACAGCUCUUGCAAGGAAUCAAGAGUGGACAUAUGGCUCCAUACUAUAAAGAGGUCUGCACCGACCUUGGAUGGAAAUUUGACCAGAAGUUGUAUGAUGAGAUGGCAAAAGAAAACCAGGACAGGUUAUCCAAGUUUCAAGAGGAUGAUUCGGAGACUCCAGUAUGGCAGGACAGGCUGGACUACCUCUGUUCUAUUGGUGACAAAGAAGGUGCAACUGCCCUGGCUGUCUCCAAGUAUGAAGAUUCCACCUUAACAACAAACAGACGCUUGGAUGCCGUCUUUGCUUUGUUCAGAAUUGCCUAUUUCCAUGGAUGUAAUGUUAAAGAAAUGGGCAAAAACAUAAAUAAGGCACAUGAGCUGGUAGAUAAAGGUGGAGACUGGCGUUCCAGGAAUAAGCUGAAGGCAUACGAAGCAAUCUACUGCCUCGCAGUCAGAGAUUACAGCAAGGCUGCAGAUUUGUUCAUUGAUUGUGUAUCCACAUUUGAAUCUUACGAACUUGUUGAUUUUGGUACGAUUAUCCAAUAUUGCGUGCUAGCUUGUGCAUUGGCGCUGGAACGCCAUGCUCUACAGUCAGCUCUGAGGCGCCAGGGUGCUGCUGUACAGGCUCUUCGCUCACGGUUCCCAGAGCUGAGGGAACUAGUCGAGUCACUCCAUGAAUGCCGCUAUGCUGAUUUCUUGAAGAGUCUUGCCUGGGUGGAGACCCAAAUCUGUGUAGACCCAGUAUUUAGGCCCCACUACCAGCACUACGUGCGCGAGGCUCGCAUCAAGGCGUACGUCCAGUUGUUGCGCGCGUACCGCUCGCUCAGUCUGGACAACAUUGCUGAUACAUUCGGCGUCUCCCGCGAGUUCGUCGAGGAAGAGAUCUCCAACUUUACAGCCGCGGGUCGCUUGCAAUGUCGCAUUGAUGCGGUCGCGGGUUGCGUAGUCACGGGCGCGGGACGCGGCGCCGACGCCGACCGCUCCCAGCUGUACCAGGCGACCAUACGCGAGGGAGAUUUACUCCUCAACCGCGUCAAGAAACUAGCCAGUGUCAUCAACUUCUAGUGUUCAUGUGUGCUUGAUAACAUUAUUAUAUUAAUUAUAACAUUUUAAGUAAUUA